AUGUCUCAUUUUCUCAGGCAGCUCAAGCUAUCCCUCAGAGUAAGCAACUUCAACGCUUCUUCUCGGUGCUUCUCAUCUUCCCCAAUCUAUUAUGUCAGGGGUGCUGAACCUGUUGGAGAUGGAAAUAAGGAAACUAUCAGGAUUCCUUCUCUUAAGGUGCCUAUGGAGUUACUCAAGGACAUGGGAAUCAUAGGAGCAUCCCAUGGCUGGAUAGCUACUAUGAAAAGCGGGGUCGUGUGUCUUCAAGAUGACCUAGAUCUCCCGGAUACAAAACCAAAACGCAUCCCCCUGCCUCCUCUUGUAACUCUGCCUCAUUGCCAAACCCAAAUCGUAACCAACGUAGCCAUGUCAUCUUCUUCUCCUGAUGAUGAAGACUGCAUCGUGGCUGUCAAGUUCUUGGGACCUCAGCUAAGCUUAUGCAGACCUGCUCAGAGAGAUUGCAAGUGGAGCAACAUCAGAAUCUCAGACCCCAGCUUCUUCUCCUCCCAUGUGAUGUACUCCAAGAGAGAUGGAAUGUUCUCAAUGCCGGCUUCUAGAGGCCACUACACUGGAUCAUGGGAUCUUGGAAGACACAUGAAGGAACCAAAGCUGCUGCAGAUGUUGCUUCUUCCUGAAGAAGAUCAAAUUCCAAAAAUGAAAAAGAGGGUGUGGCAACGGUUGGAGUCGUGUUGUACAAAGCAACACUACUUAGUGGAGUCGUUACACACUGAUGAGACUUUUAUGUUGAAGUGGUACACACAAAGCAAACCACCCACUUUGAAUGUGUGGGACCAUUUCCUUGUGUUGAAGAUAGACAAAGAAGGGAACGCUGUUUACACGAAAGAUAUUGGAGAUGUCUGCAUUUUACUUUCCAGGUCUGAACCUAUAUGUAUCCCCGCUAAAUUGAACCGAAGAGUCCAAAACUGCGUCUAUAUGUUGACCGACCACGAGUUUGCCAUUGUCAGUAUCAGCUGUAACCAAAAGUUUGGUGCAACACCUUUCGCUUGCUCCUUACCUUACUAUAUUUCAAAAAAUCUAAUAUAG